AUGUUAAGUUACGGACCCCUGGCGAUUCCGCCGACUUUAACUGCUCAAAAGUACCCGUUCUCAGGUGGACUAAAUUCCAGGACUCCGGCCACGCAUUCUACUACCAAAAGACUACUCGUAGCCAGCUUCGCGGAAUUUAGUCCACCUAGAAGGCUGAGCAGUGGCGUAGCAAAGACUCCGGCCACGCAUUCUACUACUGAAAGACUACUCGUAGCCAGCUCCGUGGAAUUUAGUCCACCUAGGUGGCUGAGCAGUGGCGUAGCAAAGACUCCGGCCAAGCAUUCUUCUACCAAAAGACUACUCGUAGCCAGCUUCGCGGAAUUUAGUCCACCUAGGUGGCUGAGCAGUGGCGUAGCAAAGACUCCGGCCACGCAUUCUACUACUGAAAGACUUCUCGUAGCCAGCUUCGCGGAAUGUAGUCCACCUAGGUGGCUGAGCAGUGGCGUAGCAAAGUAAGUAGCCGUAUUCCGAUUCUGUCGAC